UUCGGACUUUGUGAGCAUAUCCCUAGAUAUAAUUACUCCUCCUUACGCCUUACGCAGACUGACCACUUUGAAGGUAAAUCAUGUAACAGUUGUGGGAAAAAGAAUUUGUAGCGUAUAUGUUUGAAAUGCCGAGGAAGAAGAUCAGGAUUGUGCCUCUUACUCGCAACUUUCAGAAAUACGGUCUGCCUUUGUAUGCGGCCGCUUGGGUUUGGUACAAACUUCUAGAUCCAGAUCCAGAUCCAGGUCCAUCCACCAGCGAUGAAGUUUCCAACGCAAAAUCAAAAUCGGCUCAGAAGAGCUACAUCGUUUUGGCCGGCGGUGGCGGCGAGGGUCGGAGUGGUAUCCCAAACGCUGUCCUUCUCGUCGAAUUCGAUUUCACUGCCAAGUCCCUUUCCAAUCUUCCUGUGUCUAAGUUUGUAACUGCCUCUGAUUUGCCAUAUAGAAUGGCAGUUCACCCACGCGGAGAUGGUGUCGUUUGUUCAUUCCCCAAGAGUUGCAAAUUGUAUGUAAUAGAUGAAGAAAAGAGCGAGGAAAUUAAAAAAUUAGUUCUAAAUCUGUCUGAUAAAGUGCUCACCCGGUUGGAAGAUGUUGGACAGCAGUUAGCAUUAAAGUUUAACAAUGAGGGUUCUGCACUUGCUGCUGGUGGUGAGGAUGGAAAUUUAAAGGUCAUCGAGUGGCCUAGCAUGGAAGUUAUUCUCGAUAAAGCCGGUGCUCAUAAAUCUGUGAAGGAUGUAGAUUUCAGCCCUGAUGGGAAAUACCUUGUCUCCUUGGGAAAUAGUGGUCCUGCUAAGGUUUGGGAUGUAACUUCCAAAAUAGCCGUAACUUCACUGUCAAAGGAAAAUGAUGAGGUUUUCUGCUUUUGUAGAUUUUCUGAGAGUAAUGAUAUGAAUCAGGUCCUAUAUAUUGCUGCAGUGACAGGUAAAGGUGGAAGCAUUGUAACAUGGGAUACAAAAACAUGGAAAAGGAUGGGAUCAAAGACUGUAGUUCGUGACACAAUUUCCGCCUUUAGUGUUUCACCAGAUGGAAAGCUCCUUGCCUGUGGGACAACUCAAGGAGACAUUUUUAUUUUAAAUUCAUCCAGUAAGCAGGUUCAGACAAUUGUUAGGAAAGCACACCUUGGCUUUGUAACUGCACUUUCAUUCGCACAUGACUCAAGGGCUUUGGCUUCUAUUUCCCUGGACUCAAGUGCAAGAGUAACACUAUUCGAGGAAGAGGAUAAAACUGGAGGAUUGAGCUUGUGGGCCAUUGUACUCGUCCUUUUACUUGCCGUUGUUGUGUAUUUUAUGAUGAGUCAAGGAAUCCUUAGCUAGAGGUUACAAAAAUAAUGUGCAUUUCAAAAAUGUUGUUUGAUUCUGUAAUAUGAUGCACUUUGGAAAUUACCCUUAAUGCUGCUUUCGAGUUCAGAUCGUGAUUUUAUUCAAACCUUUGGUGAUGGUAUUGCUAUAGUAAUGACUCCCUCCAGAAGAAUAAGAUGAUAAAAGUUGCAUGCAAA